GGGGGAGGAGGGCGGUCGUCCGGGGUUAGGUGUGGGGGGGGUGUCGGUCCGUUCAGGGCGGGGGAUGACUCACGGCCCAUCCCAUCUCUCCGUCGCCGCCCGCCCGCGCAGAGCUAGCUCCAUGGCUUAGCGGAGGAGGAGGCGGUGGCGAGCGGGGGGAGGGGGACUCUUAUUUUGUUAGGGGGACCGGGCCGAGGCCCGACCGGCCUGGCAGGGCUUGCCCGGGGCCGGGCGUCAUGUCUCAUGCGGCCGAGCCAGCUCGGGACGGCGUAGAGGCCAACAAGGAGGGCCCUCGAGCCGUGUUCGUGCUGUUGGAGGAGCGCAGGCCGGCCGAUUCCGCCCAGCUGCUCAGCCUGAACUCUUUGCUUCCGGAAUCUGGGAUUGUUGCUGACAUUGAAUUAGAAAACAUCCUUGAUCCUGACAGCUUCUACGAGCUCAAAAGCCAACCCUUACCCCUACGCUCCAGCCUCCCAAUAUCACUGCAGGCCACACCAACCACCCCAGCUACACUCUCUACAUCGUCUUCUGCAGGGGGCUCCAGGACCCCUGCCAUGUCGUCAUCUUCUUCAUCCCGGGUCUUGCUGCGGCAACAACUCAUGCGAGCCCAGGCACAGGAGCAGGAGAGGCGUGAGCGUCGCGAACAGGCUGCAGCUGCUUCCUUCCCCAGUCCUGCACCUGCCUCUCCUGCCAUCUCUGUGGUUGGAGUCUCUGCUGGGGGCCACACGUUGGGCCGUCCACCCCCUGCUCAGGUGCCCAGGGAGGUGCUCAAGGUACAGACCCACCUGGAGAACCCAACGCGCUACCACCUGCAGCAGGCACGCCGGCAGCAGGUGAAACAGUACCUGUCCACUACACUUGGGCCCAAGCUGGCUUCCCAGGCCCUCACCCCACCACCAGGGCCCACCAGUGCCCAGCCGCUGCCUGCCCCUGAGGCUGCUCACACCACUGGUCCCACAGGCAGCGCUCCCAACAGCCCCAUGGCACUGCUCACCAUCGGGUCCAGCUCAGAGAAGGAGAUUGAUGAUGUCAUUGAUGAGAUCAUCAGCCUGGAGUCCAGUUACAAUGAUGAGAUGCUCAGCUACCUGCCCGGAGGCACCGCAGGGCUGCAGCUCCCCAGCACGCUGCCUGUGUCAGGGAAUCUGCUUGACGUGUACAGUAAUCAGGGUGUGGCCACGCCAGCCAUCACUGUCAGCAACUCCUGUCCAGCUGAGCUGCCUAACAUCAAACGGGAGAUCUCUGAAACCGAGGCAAAGGCCCUGUUGAAGGAACGCCAGAAGAAAGACAAUCACAACCUGAUUGAGCGUCGCAGGCGAUUCAACAUUAACGAUAGGAUCAAGGAGUUGGGCACCCUCAUUCCCAAGUCCAAUGACCCAGAGAUGCGCUGGAACAAGGGCACCAUCCUGAAGGCCUCUGUGGAUUAUAUCCGCAAGUUGCAGAAGGAGCAACAGCGCUCCAAAGAUCUGGAAAGUCGACAGCGGUCCCUGGAGCAAGCCAACCGCAGCCUGCAGCUUCGAAUUCAGGAGCUAGAACUGCAGGCCCAGAUCCAUGGUUUGCCAGUGCCUCCCACCCCAGGGCUGCUCUCCCUAACCACAACUUCAGCCUCUGACAGCCUCAAGCCAGAGCAGCUGGACAUUGAGGAGGAGGGCAGGCCAGGCACAGCAGCAUUUCAUGUAGCAGGGGGACCUGCCCAGAAUGCUCCCCAUCAGCAGCCCCCAGCACCACCUUCAGAUGCUCUUCUGGACCUGCACUUUCCCAGUGACCACCUGGGGGACCUGGGAGACCCCUUCCACCUGGGGCUGGAGGACAUUCUGAUGGAGGAGGAGGAGGGGGUGGUGGGAGGACUGUCGGGGGGUGCCCUGUCCCCACUGCGGGCUGCCUCUGACCCCCUGCUUUCUUCAGUAUCCCCGGCUGUCUCGAAGGCCAGCAGCCGCCGCAGCAGCUUCAGCAUGGAGGAAGAGUCCUGAUCAGGCCUCACCCCUCCCCUGGGACCUUCCCCACCCAGGAAAGGAGGAGGAGUCAGGAUGAGGCCCUGCCUUUUCCCCACCCUCCCAUGAAACUGCCCUGCCCAGGAAUUUUGGGGGAAGUAGAGAUGUGAUCAGGCUCCACCCCUGUAAUAGUCAAGGAGGAGGAGUCCGAUGAGGGUCUGCCCUUUCCCCCAAAGGCAUAGCCCAGUGCAGGUAUUUCAGAGGGAGAAGGCUGUGAGAUCAGGGUCUGUCUGCUGGGGAUCACAGCCUUGUCCCUGCUCUAUGGGCCCUACCCUUGAUCAGGAGACCAAAGGUGACAGGAUGAGGUCCCACCUCUGCCGGCUAAAGACUUCCUAACCAGGUCUCCUGGGAAUAGGAGAUGUCAGGAUGCUGCUCCAUCCCUUCCCUGGGAUCUGCCAGUCUAGCCCAUCUUGGCACUGGAAGAGGAGGUCCCACCCCUGGGGGGGUUAAGCCCAUCUCCUUCCCCAUGAACCCUUCCCUGUCCAAACAAGGAAUAGAAAUGAGGACAUGACCCAGCCCCUUCCCAUGGGAACAUGAGUCCUGACCUUCUGGGAAUGGAGGCCAGGCCCCAUUCUAUCCCUUCCCUAUAGGAAGAGUCCAGCACAGGUGUUUCAGGUGUGAAGGAGUCAGUAGGAGCAGGCGAUCCCACUUGAAGACCACAGUCCUACCCUUGGCACUUAGCAACAUCUCAUGCAAGCAUUCCACUCAGCAGGGAGGAGCAGUACUUAAGCUCCCCACCUUAACCUGGGACCAACCUGACCUGACCUAGGAGGGCUCUGAGCUAACUCUGCUCUUGGGGAAGAGGACAGAUCUUGAAAUUCUACAGUUUUAUUCUUCCAACCUAGAUCUGGAGUAAGAGUUAAGCCUCUACCAUUGGGUAGAGUCCAGUCUUCUUCCUUUAGGGAAAGUUUGGGGAGAUGAUGGGGAUUACUGGGGAUCCAGACCAGUUGUCUAGUACCCCAGUACUGUUGUUCAAAAUGUAGAACAGGGUGAAGGACAGGGCCCCUCCAGGGAGAUCCCUGCCCAGGAAAAAGACAGUCUCCCUUACAAGGCAGAGGCUUGGAGGAAGGGUUGCAAAAGUGUAUUGUACCCUCUCUCAUUUGUUUAACUGAUUUUUUAUUGUUCCCCCUACUCAGAAGCUAGGUUAUCCCCAACCUCUGGCCCUCACUCAGUUCUUCAUUUGGAGGAUUCCCCCCAUUUCAGAGUUAUCAAGAGACACUCCUUACCCAUCCCCACCUCUCCUGCUGCCUAUACCCAAGGUCAUCAGCUUUGGAUUGCUGGGGCCAGGCCCCAAGGAGGGUGUACUGAGGGGUCUGUAGGUUUGUGAUUAAAAUAAUAAAUGCUAGGCGUGUUUGAUGCGCUUUUAACUUUGGCAAA